GAGGGUGUAUACUAGUGACGCUCUCCAGCACAUACACGACGACUCCUGUGGAAUGUGGGUGUAGAAGCGGGUGUAUAUUGGGGCAGUGUUUCGUGUCGUGGAGCCAGUGUUGUGCUGGACGUCGUGCGGGGAGGGUGUAUACUAGUGACGCUCUCCAGCACAUACACGACGACUCCUGUGGAAUGUGGGUGUAGAAGCGGGUGUAUAUUGGGGCAGUGUUUCGUGUCGUGGAGCCAGUGUUGCGCUGGACGCCGUGCGGGGAGGGUAUAUACUAGUGACGCUCUCCAGCACAUACAGACAUACACGACGACUCCUGUGGAAUGUGGGUGUAGAAGCGGGUGUAUAUUAGAGCAGUGUUUCGUGUCGUGGAGCCAGUGUCGCGCUGGACGCCGUGUGGGGAGGACGUCUGCCGGUGGCGCUCUCCACCACACACACAUACAAGCCCGUUGUAAUACCCGCGUUGACGACCGUUGUGGUGAUGAAUAUUCCUGUUGGAUAACGACGUGCAGAUGAGGCACUGGAUCCAGCAGAAAGGGGAGCGUGGAUCGUGCAGAACACCAUGAACACCCGUCAACUCAAGCUUAUUGCUGACCGUCAAUCGGACAAGCGGAUUGACCGUCAACACGAACGUCGUCAACAUGAACCUCAACAGGAUCGUCAACACGAACGUCGUCAACAUGAACCUCAACAGGAUCGUCAACACGAACGCCUCAAGGAUCGCCAGCACGAACGGCUACAGGACCAUCCACACGACCGUCAACAAGAGCUUCAGCAUGAACGUCAUCCCGAGCACCGUAAGGAUCGUCAGCUCGAACGUGAACGGGAUCAUCAGCGGGAGCGUGAACCCGACCUUCAGUAUGAGCAUCAAAAGGACCGUCAACAGGAACGGCCGCACGAGCGCCAACAGGAACGGCCGCACGAGCGCCAACAGGAACGCCCGCAUGAGCGUCAACAGGAACGCUCGCAUGAGCGUCAGCAGGAACGCUUGCCAGAGCGUCAACAGGAACGGCCGCACGAGCGCCAACAGGAACGCCCGCAUGAGCGUCAACAGGAACGCUCGCAUGAGCGUCAACAGGAACGCUCGCAUGAGCGCCAACAGGAACGGUUGCCAGAGCGCCAACAGGAACGGUUGCCAGAGCGCCAACAGGAACGGUUGCCAGAGCGCCAACAGGAACGCUUGCCAGAGCGCCAACAGGAACGGUUGCCAGAGCGCCAACAGGAACGCUUGCCAGAGCGCCAACAGGAACGGUUGCCAGAGCGCCAACAGGAACGCUUGCCAGAGCGCCAACAGGAACGCUUGCCAGAGCGCCAACAGGAACGGUUGCCAGAGCGCCAACAGGAACGCUUGCCAGAGCGCCAACAGGAACGCCUGGAGGAGGCAGCAACAGCACCACAGGUGUUGAAGGCGUCGGGGGCGCCGGUGGUGGUAAUAACAGGCGGACACCGCGUCCUCCGGCGGUCGGCGUCGUCCCUGGCGGCGUCCCUGGCCUGCGGGGGGGUGGCGUCGGUGGCAGGGGGGCGCGGAGGGGCCAGAAAUAGCGCCAAAAUCGUGAAAGUGAGCGCGAGUUACCUGGAUAGCAAAAGAAGGUCGCGGGCCCGCCAGACCUUCCCGCUGCCCGGGCGCGCGCCGCUGACAGUGACGUCACAGGCUGAUGGCGGGCGGGUGGCGGCGGGCAGCGUCAGUGCCGCCGUGAGCGCCGCCGAGCUGGCCGCCGCCACCGACCCUGGCGGCAGGGCUCACAAGUACAGCAGGAGCGUCACCAGUCUGGCGUCAGUGGCGCGGGGAGCGGAGCCGGAGGGACACCAUAAGUCCCAUCAGAGGCGGCGCCACUCCCGCCACUCAGAAAAGAGCCACAAGUACGUGGCGGGUGGCACCCUGCCGCGCCAACGCCACCCCGCCGCCCACGGCCGCCCACUGUGGCGCCCCGUGCUUCCAGCCCCGCCGCCUGACCCCGUCAAGCCCAAUAUGUCGGGGAAAACUCCUUGUUGCUGCUGCUGCCCGGCCAUCAGGGCCGCCUCGCCCGCCUCUCUCAUCCUCCUCCCGCUCCAUCUUCUUCUCCUGGCCGUCCUCGUCGGCUACCUGGUCCUCGGGGCCUUCAUCUUCUCAAAGGUGGAGGGGCCUGAUGGGCUGAGAGGGUCGGCCGUGUUAGUGAGCCGGACCACAGUCACUCUACCAGGGACCCCGAAGGACCCGGACAUGGCCGCCGCCCGCCUCGAGGUAGUAGAGCGCCUCCUCAACUCUUCCCUCAACAUCGUCCUCUACAGGAGCCCAGAGCUCUUCAUCGCCGCCAUCUCCACCUCGCCCAGACUGCGGGGCGCGCUCUUUACUUUACAGAAGGAGGGAGGGUGGCGGCUGCCCACAGACAGAGAGCUCAACAUGCUCAGUCGUUCAGUGAUGACGGAGUGGCAACAGCAGCUUCACGACAUUACUGCUCGGUACUACACCUUGGUCACCCGUCACGCCCACGGCUUCCAGGUUGGGUCUGAAGAGCGGGCGGAGGUGUGGGAGAGUGAGGAGCCGCCGCCCCUGCUCCCCUGGAGCCUGUGGCCCUCCCUCCUUCACGUCUUCUGCCUGGUCACCACCAUCGGCACCAGCGUGCAGGCCCACUCGCCGGCGGGGAGGGCCUCGGCUCUCGUCUACACUCUGGUGGGCGUGGUCCUGUAUGUGGGGGUUGUGGUCGUGUGGGCAGCCAGGCUCGGCGCGACCUACGCUCUCCUCGUCAACAUGUGUACAAAGAAUAAGAUCUCCUCAUCAGGAGGGAAGCUGCGAGCAUCUCCGUACCACAGCAUGGGGGGACCGCCCCAGGAACCUGCACCCCCUCCCCAGACGACACCAGUCAGACUCGUCCUCCUCACUACAGUCAUUAUGGUGUAUGUGCUGAGCGCUGGGGUGCACGUGGUGGGGGGCCGUGACUACUGGACCGGGGUGGAGAAUGCCAUAUUCGUCCUGUUAACAGUCAGACCACCCACACCUCUCCCUCAGGGAGCAACAACAGUGACAAGUUUCAUAGCAUUUGUGAUGGUGGGCCACAUCUUGCUGGCUCUCUUCACCUUCGUUCUCAAGGUGUUGUGUGGUCGGUGGUGGAGCUUGUGGGACAGAACGUCUUGAUCGCAGUGCUUGUUAAUUCUACCAGUACUUUGAAAAUGUGCAGGUUAAGUGUAUAUAAUAAACUAAUUUCUUAA